UCCGUGUUUUCUUUCUCACCAGCUUUCUCCAUGCUUUCCUGCUCCGACAUCUCCUGCAAGGAGCAGGAGAGGUGUGAGAUGGUGGAAGGAGAGCCCAGGUGCAUCCAAGAGACCUUUUCCACCUGUUUGGUCAUCGGCGGCCCCCACUACAAAACUUUUGAUGGGAAGAUCUUUGAUUUCACGGGCACCUGCACCUACACUUUGAGCAAGACCUGCGACCCAGCUUUCAACCUGCCCUUCUUCAACAUUGAGGUCAAAAAUGGCCACAGGGGCAACGCCAAAUCCCCCUACAUCGAUACUGUGAUCGUCCAAGCCUACAACAUCACGGUUGUCAUGAUCAGGUCCGAGGAUGGAUUCGUGAGGGUGAACAACCACCUCACCCGCCUCCCCAUCUCCCUCGCCCAAGGGAAACUCCACCUCCAACGGAAGGGCAGAUUCGUCCAGAUUAAGACCGACUUCAUGCUGAAGGUUCUGUACAACUGGGACGGCCACUUGAUGGUGAAGAUCCCCAGCGCUCACUCGGGCAAAGUGUGCGGGAUGUGCGGGAAUAGCAACGGCGAUCCCCAGGAUGAUGCUCUCCUGCCUGAUGGCACCUUGGCGCAGGACGCCGUGGUUCUGGGUCAGGCCUGGAAGGUUCUUGGCGAUCACAGGAUCUGCUUGGAUAGCUGCAGUGAAUGCAAGCAUUGCUCGUGGAAAGAGACAGCAAAGUAUAACACGGAGGCGUUUUGCGGCUUGCUCACCCAAUACCCAGGACCGUUCCAAGGCUGUCACGAUGCUGUCCAUACAGAUAUCUAUUUAAAAAGCUGCAUUUCUGACCUCUGCAGCUACGAAGGGCUCCACACAGUUCUGUGCCAAGCGCUGAAUACCUACGUGGAGAAUUGCCAGGAGGAGGGAAUCGUCGUGGAAGACUGGAGGACGCCGGCGCGUUGCUUUCCCUCCUGCCCAGCCAACAGCAACUACACGUUGUGCGGGCCCGCCUGCCCCGCAACCUGCAACGACGAAGCUGUCUCGUCUGAUUGCGCCUCGCUGUCCUGCGUGGAGGGCUGCAGAUGCAUGGAGGGCUUCGUGUUGGAUGCUGGGAAAUGCAUCCCCAAAUCUGAGUGCGGAUGCGUUUUUGGAGGUCGCCUCUACGGCCUCGGGGAGGAAUUUUGGGGAGACGACGGUUGCACCAAACGUUGCAUCUGCGAGGAGAGGAGGAAGGCGGUGUGUUAUCAAAGCAGCUGCAGAGCCAGGGAGGAGUGUGGGGUGAAGGAUGACAUCAGGGGGUGCUACCCGACGAGUUUUGGGGUCUGCACGGCGGUGGGCAGCACGCACUACAAGAGCUUCGAUGGUGAACGGUUCACCUUCCAGGGCACGUGCCUUUAUCAGUUGGUUGGGUUGUGUAAGAAGAGCGGAGGGCUGGUGGACUUCCAGGUGUUGGUGCAGAAUGGCCUCAAGGAUUGUGGAUCUCCAUCCUUCAUCACGCUCGUCAGGGUCAAAGUCUACGGGAAGAGCAUCACCAUGAGCCAGAAGGACCCCAAUAAAAUCACCGUCAACGACCGAUCUGCCAACCUACCUUACUCUCACAACGGGAAGAUCCUGGUCUACAAAGGUGGAAGGGACGUGGUGAUAGAGACCGAUUUUGGGCUCACGGUCACCUACGAUUGGCACGGCGACGUCGGCGUGUCGGUGCCCUCCACUUACAAGGACACCCUCUGUGGGCUCUGUGGGAACUUCAACGAGGACAGGAAGGAUGAGAUGAUGCUGAAGAACGGCCGUGUGACGUCCAACCUCAACACCUUCGGGCACAGCUGGAAGGUGACCGACACCCCGGGUUGCACAGAACUGUCCAGGAAGGAAUGUCUCAAUUCAAUGACCACAGUUGAGCAAGAGAAUCUUUGUGGGAUCAUUUCAAGGACAAAUGGACCCUUCAGAGGUUGUCACGCUACGGUGGAACCUUCAAAAUACGUCCAAAAUUGCAAGAACGAUCUGUGUCUUUAUCCAGAGAGGGAGGAGCUGUUGUGCCAACACAUUGCGCACUACGUUGACCUCUGCCAAGAAGCUGGGGUGACCAUCGAGGAGUGGAGGACAAAUGAUUUCUGCAGGAUUUCCUGCCCGGCCCACAGCCACUACGAGCUGUGCUCUCUGGAUUGCAGCCAGACCUGCAGCAGCAUCUUCGCUCCGCUGCGCUGCACCGAGAGGUGCAGGGAGGGCUGCGUCUGCGACGAGGGCUUCGUGUUCAGUGGUGAUGAAUGCGUCCCCAUGGCCCGCUGUGGUUGCUUCCAUCAUGGUUUCUACUACAAGGUGGAAGAAAUCUUCCACCCCAGCGAGCUGGAGGAGUGCAGCUGCCAAGCUGGCGGCGUGGUGGUCUGCAAAGAAAUCCCUCCUCGUAACAUAAGUAACUGCCAAGAGGUCGAUGGGGAGCUCCGGUGCUCAGCGACCAGCUGCGUGGUCACCGGUGACCGCAGCUAUUUAUCCUUUGAUGGGACAGCUUUUGACGUCCCAGGUGCUUGUUCCUACAUCCUCACCGAGAGCUGCGCUGAUGGCGACGACGUCGAACAUUUUGUAGUGAAAAUUAAGAAAGAUUCCAGGCAGAAAAGGAAGGUUUCUGGCAUUGAAGCGGUGUCUGUAGAAGUCUACGGGUUCACCUUGACCCUGGAGCGAGGGAAAGACGGGACGGUCACGGUGGACUCCAUCAUCCACCGCCUCCCAGUCAUCCUGAACCAGGGCCAGGUCCAGGUGCACCAACACGGGGUGGGCAUUCAUCUUCAGACCGACUUUGGCCUCGUUGUACGCUACGACCUCCGCCACUUCGUCGCGGUCACGGCCCCGCAGGGCUACCAGGGCCGCCUGUGUGGACUCUGCGGCAACAACAACGGCAAAAGCGAGGACGAUUUCCUCUUCCCCAAUGGCCACCUGGCUCCCAAUGCCACCUCUUUUGGCUCUGUGUGGAAAAUACCCAACGUGGCAUGCGAGGAGAAAUGUUCCGAAGACGACUGCCCCGUUUGCACGGAAGAAAAGAAGAAGAUCUUCCAAAAACCCAACUACUGUGGCAUCCUCACGGACCCCCACGGCCCCUUCUCCUCCUGCUUCAACACCCUCAGCCCAGCCUUGUAUUCGGAUGCCUGCACCCGAGAUCUCUGCCUUACCAAGGGGAAAACCAACGUCCUGUGUCAGAGCAUCCAGAGCUACGUGUCUUCUUGCCAAGCUGCCGGUGUCAACAUCGAGGCUUGGAGGAAACCAUCCUUCUGCCCCUCACGCUGCCCAGCAAACAGCACCUAUUCUUUGUGUUCCAACCUCUGCACCAACAGCUGUGCGGGGCUUUUGGGUGCCUCCAAAUGCCCCCAGACCUGCGCUGAAGGCUGCAGUUGCAAUGAGGGGUUUGUCUUUGAUGGGGAGGGCUGCAUCCCCAAGGAGAAAUGCGGGUGCUUUGAGGAUGGGAUAUAUUACAAGGUACUCACCUCUCGAUUUGGGUUUGGGUUUUGCUGGUUGCCUUCUUCCCACAUUCAGAGCUGCACCAUGAGAGCAGGGACUUCUCUCCCCUUCCCCCCUUUGCUUUCCCCUUUCCCCCUUGCAGACCCCUGCAAAGCCCUCGGGUGCCGACCGAGGGAGAUGUGCAAGAUGGAGGACGGCCAAGCCAAAUGCGUCCCCUCCUUGGUGGCCUCAUGCUGGGCUUGGGGGGACCCCCACUACCGCACCUUCGACAGGCUGGAUUUCGACUUCGAAGGCACCUGCACCUACACCAUGGCUGAAUUCUGUGGGAACGACCCCAGACUGGUGCCCUUCAAAGUGGAGGGCAAGAAUCGGAUCCGGAGUGAGGUGAAAUCCAUCUCCUACAUCAGCUUGGCCAACAUUGAGGUCUACGGGCAUCGCAUCUCCAUCCACUGGAGGGAAGUGGGCAAAGUCAGGGUGGACGGCGUGCAGACCCUUCUCCCAGUCGCCCUGCAGGACAGCAGGGUGCUGAUCUUCCAGAGUGGGAUGAUGGCAGUGCUUGAGACAGAUUUUGGCCUCCGGGUGACGUACGAUUGGAACUGGCACCUGAUAGUUGACCUCCCCAGCAGCUACUCUGAGCAAACCUGCGGCCUCUGCGGCAAUUUCAACCUGGAGCCAGAGGAUGACAUCCCCAGGCAAGGCGGUAACCUCACCUCUUCCAUCAUCUCGUGGGCCUCCAACUGGAAAGUCCCCGACGAGGACCCGUUCUGUUGGGAUUUUUGCGACGGCGAUUGCCCUGUGUGCGAGGAGGAGAAGAGGGAGCUGUAUUCAGGCAACCAGCACUGUGGGCUGAUCAAAAAGAGCUUCCAGGGACCCUUCAAGGCUUGUCACGACGUCGUCAGCCCCCGAGAUUUCUUCCGGAAUUGCCUUUAUGAUGUUUGCAUGAGCGACGGAGCGAAGAAAAUCCUCUGCAAGACGUUGGAGACGUAUGCGUCCACCUGCAGGAAGCACGGGGCUGCGGUGCACGACUGGAGGACGCCGUCGGGGUGCUGUGAGCAAUGGGGGUUUUGCUGCUUUUCCGUGGGGUUUUGCAAAACUGGGGUGGUUCUGGAGCGGGGCGAUGCGUGCAUGCAAAGCUCCCCGUGGGUGGUGCGUGCAAAACGUUUGUUGUGCUU